CACAUGCAUUGGUUGCUAUUCUUUUUUAUUGACUUGCCUCACAUGCAGAAUAUUUAUUGAGGAAAUAUUUGAGUUAAAUCAUACAUCUUGCACUCCCUUUGAUAUUCCAUUUCUUUCAUCUUUACUUGGUCUGUUAUUUAGAAACUGCUCUACUAUCAUGGGAAUCCUUUGUAAAUGAAAAUAUCAUGGCUGAAUGUACUAGGAUUUGAGAGCUUUAAUAAUUUUUUCCUUCAUGAUGGUAAAUCCGAUACUCUUUUUAUUAUUACCAUUAUUAUUAUUAUUUGUAUUUAAAAAUAAUUGUUUUGAUAUGGCCUUGAAAUUCACUAUAGAUGGCGGAAUUUUAUUUCCCCACAAUGUUAAAAGUAAGUGCUUAGAUUUCAAUGUUUCAUUUCUUUCUCAGAAGAUGGCCUCUUCCCUCGAGGUCAAAGUUUUUAGGACCCUGGACUUAUCCUUAAAAAGUAUUCUACUUGUUUAUUGUAUAAAAGUGUCUUCUAUUUGGUAGGUGCAGAAAGCAAAACAGGGUGCUUAGCUCAUUUUCUUUGGGCAACGUGUCCCAUCUUUGAGGGUGGGCCUUGGAGCAACAGUAGAAUAGAUUCUUUGAGGGUGGGCCUUGGAGCAACAGUAAAAUAGAUUCUUUGAGGGUGGGCCCUGGUGCAACAGUAAGAUUGACGGGAAACAACUUCUCUACAUGUAGAAGUAAGGCUAUGUACAUUUGACCCUCCCUAGAACCCGCAAUAGCUGGGCCUUGUGUACUAACCUAGCCCUUUUAAUGUUUUCCAUCUUAAAGAUUUGUUAUUCUUGAUCUUUCACUAAUUUUUAUCAUUUACUAUUUUUUUAAGAUUUAGAUUUUGGGUUCAAUACAACACAUUCAAUUUUUGAUUCAUUAUUUUACAAGCCUAACUUGUACAUUGCAAUAUUGCAUCAAAAAGCAGAUUGGAUGUUUUUUUUUUUCUUUCUGCGAACCACUUCUUAACGCUUGACAUAAAUUCAUAAAAAAGAAAAAAGAAAAAAAGAAAAAGUAUGGGUCAUACCAUAUUCUAUCUCCAUCCAGUUAUUGUGUUCAAUCAGUUAUGUGCGGACUGUCAGAGCAUCUCAUCUAUUUACUAUUGCCUCCUUGUUAUCUUCCAAUUUAAAGUUACUUGCAUAUUACAUCAUUUUCCACGCAGAUCUCUUCUGUCAUUUUCAGUUGAGUUCCCAGUUCCCACUAGACUAGAUAAAUGCUAACCAGACAUUGAGUUAUUGACAAGCAUUUGCAAAUAAAUAAUUAUGAGCAAGCAUCUCCACAGCAAUCAUCAUAAUUUUCAGGAUAUUAUGCGUUCUCUAAUACUUAAAAGUCAGUGUUGCUUUUUCUGGUUUCUAUUUGGCUUCUUGUUGGUAUAUAUCUAUAUUUAUUGGAGAAGGAAUGUAAUCAGAUUGUUGUGUACCGCAUUCAGAUCAAGUAAGCCUGAAAAGCAGGACUGCUUGUAUGAGGGAGAAAGAUAGAGUUAUUUUCUUAGUUGUCUUUAAUCGGUUUGGGUGUCUUGGUCCUAAGAAUUAUUGAAGUGAUUUGUUUUGAUCAUAUAAUACCAGUGCAAGAUUAAAUUGAUUAAAUUAAGGAAAAAAAGAUUAAAUUGAUUAUUUUUUAUAAACCAAGUAAUUAUAAACUGAGUGCUAAACCUUAAAUUUUCUGGUUACAUGUAUUUUAACUUGCCUUCAGUUUCAUGGGAAAAAUAUAAAUUAACCUGUUAUCGAGUUACAUCCCUCAGCAAUUUUUGGUUUAUACUGGAAUUCCUUCAUCAGAACAUUUAUAUCCUCUCUCUUGUAUAUUCAAUUGUAGUACAUCCUUCAGCAAAUUUUGGUUUUUAUACUGAAAUUCCUUCACUCAGAACAUUUAUAUCCUUUAUCUUAUAUAUUCAAUUGCAGUCAUUGACAUAUUCUUCACAUAUUUAUGGUGCCGUGACAGACUUCAUACAUUACCCAGUCUUUCAACUCUUGGAGUUCUGUGCAAUGGCUAUUGUAGGAGCUCAAGAAGCCUCUUUAAUGCAUUGGCAUAAUUAUCAUGUAUUCUUAAGUUUUAGAGGUGAAGACACACGGAAGACUUUUACCGACCACCUUUAUACAGCUUUGGUGGGUGCAGGUUAUCGCACAUUUAGAGAUGACGAUGACAUUGAAAGAGGAAAAAAUAUUAGUUCAGAAAUAGAGAAAGCAAUUGAACAAUCAAAGAGUUCAAUAAUUGUCUUCUCGAAAGACUAUGCUUCUUCCCAAUGGUGCCUUGACGAACUUCUGAUGAUUCUCAAACACAAGAGGACCUCCGGACACAUAGUUCUACCUGUCUUCUAUGAUGUUGAUCCAUCCCAAGUUAGGAACCAAACGGGAAGAAUUGCAGAAGCAUUUGCUAUACACGAAGAGCGAUUCAAGGCAGAAACCGAUGAAAGAACAAAGAAGUGGGUGGACAAGGUGGACGGGUGGAGGGAAGCACUUAAAGAAGUUGCAAAUCUAGGAGGGAUGGUCUUACAAAAUCAAUUUGACGGGUAUGAGUCCAGGUUUAUCCGGAAAAUUGUUAAGGAAGUUCAGGAUAAAGUCAGUCGCACGGUCUUGAGCAUUCCUCGUAACCUUAUUGGAAUUGAUUCUCGAGUCCAAAACGUUAAUCUGUGGUUACAAGAUCAGUUACCUGAUGCUCAGGUAAUGGUGAUCUCUGGGAUGGGUGGAAUAGGAAAGACGACCAUUGCUAAAGUUGCUUAUAAUUUAAACUUUGAAAAUUUUGAAGGCAGUAGCUUUCUUGCAGAUAUUAGAGAGACUUCUAAACAACACAAUGGUUUACUUUUUUUACAAAGGAAGGUUCUGUCAGAUAUUUUGAAGGGGAAAAAGGAAAAAAUAGGCUGUGUUGAUGAAGGAAUUACUAAGAUCAAAGAAGCCAUAUGCUGUAAAAGAGUUCUUAUUGUUCUUGAUGACGUUGAUCAAGCAGAACAAUUAGAUGCAGUACUUCGAAUGAGAAAUCGCUUUCAUCCAGGAAGUAAAAUUAUUAUAACAACUAGGCAUCAGUGGUUGCUAAAGCCUCAUGAAGUUGAUGUGAUGUGUCAUAGGGUUGAAAAAUUGGGUAAAGCUGAAUCGUUUAAGCUCUUUAGUUGGCAUGCUUUUGGACAAGACCAUCCCAUUGAAGGUUACAAAGAGCAUUCAGAAAGGGUGGUGAACUGCUGUGGUGGCCUUCCUUUAGCCCUUCAAGUUUUGGGUUCUUCUCUAUCUGGCAAUUGUAUAGAUGUAUGGCAAAGUGCAUUGGAGAAAUUGGAAGAAAUCCCUGACAGUCGAAUCAUAGAUAAACUCAAAAUAAGCUAUGAUUCCAUACAAGAUGACCAUGACCAAGGUUUAUUUCUUGAUAUUGCUUGUUUCUUUGUUGGAAAGCGCGAAGAUUAUGUGAUUACAGUACUAAAAGGAUGUGGUUUCCACCCAAAAGUUGGGAUUAAGAAUCUCGUUGAUAGAUGUCUCUUAACUAUUGAUGGAAAUAAAAAACUGAUGAUGCAUCAGCUGGUUCGGGUCAUGGGAAGAGAGAUUGUUCGCAGAGAAUCACUGAAGGAGCUUGGUGAACGCAGCAGAUUGUGGCGUCAUAAUGAAUCAUUCGAUGUCUUGAAGUACAAAAAUGGCACAAAAUCAAUUGAAGGCCUAGCCCUUGACAUGCGUAUGUUAAACAAUGUGAAACGACACCACUUCCAAGAAUCUCAUGGCGAAUCAUUGCUACCAGACCAAGGCAAUUCACCAAGAUGGCGCGGUUUCAACUCCUUUCCCUGGAAUCUGAUAAACAGUGCUUCAAGAAGGUCAAAUGAGGUGGACUUGAAAUUUGAUGCAUUUGCAAGGAUGCAAACUUUAAGAUUACUCCAGAUCAAUUAUGUGCAACUCAGUGGGUGCUAUAAAGAAUUUCCGAAGAAGUUAAGGAUGUUAUGUUGGCGCGGAUUCCAUUUGAAAUCUAUACCUAGCGAUUUUCCUUUGGACAGCCUUGUGGCUCUUGACAUGCGCAACAGCAGCUUGGAACAAGUUUGGAUGGGAAUCAAGUUACUCAAAUUGCUGAAAAUCCUGAAUCUAAGUCAUUCACAUGACCUUAUCAGAAUCCCCGACUUCAUAGGACUCCCUAAGCUUGAGAGAUUGAUUCUUAAAGAUUGUCCACGUUUGGGUGAGAUCCAUGAAUCAAUUGGAGACCUUAAGCGACUUGUUUUUUUGAAUUUUAAAGAUUGCAAAAAUCUAAGGAUGCUUCCAAGAAGCAUUGGCAUGCUGAUGUUUCUUGAAACACUUAUUAUUUCUGGUUGCUCGAAUCUUGAUAAGUGGCCAAUAGAGUUGAGUAAGAUGGAAUCCUUGAAAGUGCUUCAUAUGGAUGGAACACCUGUAUAUCGUUUUCACUGUGACAUUGGAGAGGGUAAGUUAUGGCAUGCAUUCAUCUGGUCUUGGAUGUUAAAACCAACAAGCCGUCCGGAAGUUUUAUGGGCUUCUUUACCCCGUUCUUUAGUGAGCUUAAGUCUUGCAGAAUGCAGUCUUUCUGAUAAUGCUUUUCCCAAAGAUUUCCAUAGCCUACCCUUGUUGAAGAACUUAAAUCUAAGCCAAAACCCAAUUUGUUCCCUACCAGAGAGCUUCAAAGAUCUUACCAGGCUGCAGACGCUCGACUUAAAGUCAUGUACAAGGCUCAGCUCACUUACAGUGCCAUCUAGUUUACAAGAACUGGACGUGGACAAUUGCUCAUCAUUGGAAAAAAUUACAUCUGUAUCAACUUCGUUCAGACCAGUAUUGGGAGUUGCUGAUUCCAAUAACCAAUUUGAGGUUCAAAAUAACUUCAAGCUAGAAUCCAUUAGAAAUAUUGAUGAAAAAGCUCUCAAAUAUUUGGGCUUCUUCCAAUUGAACUCUGUUGAAAAUGUUGAGGUGGAAUUUUAUGAUCGGAUUGCUAAUAAAGUGGAGAAGCUUCCCUUCCAGGGACUCUAUGAAUCUGGCGUAUUCAGCACUUUUUUCCCGGGCAGUCGGGUUCCAAGCUGGUUCGGGAACAAGACGGCAGGGUCCUCGAUAUCUUUUACCGUGCCUUCAUUACUUAACCUUAGAAUUCGGGGCUUGAAUCUGUGCUUUGUUUAUGCACUUUCUGACAAUCAGAAAGGUCAAGUUGGUGAUGCUUUACAGACUGAAAUCAGCAACAAGACCAAAGGUCUGAGGUGGUACUAUCACCCAAAGUUCUUGGGCAUUCCAGAAACUGACAAAAAUAUGAUAUGGUUGAGUCAUUGGAAAGUUGAGAAUGAUCAGUUGGAAAUUGGGGAUGAGCUGAAGAUUUCACUGGAAUAUGUGAGCGAUGUUUUUGAGGUAAAGGAAUGUGGAGUACACCUUGUGUGUGAGGAGCAAGAGCAGGGUAAAAACCAUUCAAAUAGCAAUGGAGUAAUAGUGCACACCAUUUUUAUGACAAGCAAGUAGAGAAAAAUGGUACUCAGUCCUUGAGAAUAGAGAUGUAUUGGUCCGAGUCCUUUAUUCUCCCAAAAAAGUGCUUGACCAGGUUAACAAGAUUUUGAGAUCAUUCCUUUGGUUUGGUAUUGAGAUGAAAAAGACAGGAGUAAAGGUGGCAUGGGACAAUGCUUGCAGACCAAAGAUGCAGGGAGGUCUUGGCUUUCCCAAUCUAGAAAUGGCAAACUUGACUGCAAAUCUCAAGCACAUUGGAAACUCUUUGCUAGAAGAAAGGAAAGCUUAUGGGUGGCAUGGAUACAUAGUUACCUAAUAAAGGCAGAGAGCUUUUGGACAGUCAAAGCUUCCUCUCUUAGCACAGGUAUAUGGAGGAGGUUAUUAAAGCUUAGGGACAUGUCAAGAGGACUUAUCGAGCACAGGGUGGGAACAUGCACUGAUCCUAUGAUGUGGUUUAACAUUUGGCUGUCAGAUGGACCUUAAAUCAACCUCACUGAUGUGGAAAUUCUUUAACUGGACUUGUUUGUCAAAGUCUAUAGCCUAAUUUCCAACAAUCGGUGGGUUGUUCCACCUCCCUCUCAUCCAAAUAGUUUCUUUUAAAGCCAAAACUUCACUAGACAAAUCUUUUCAUUACCUGCACCCUCCACUGAACCUGACUCCAUCAUAUAUGGACCCCCUCUCCCUCUGCUGUUUUCUCCCUUCUCAGUCUAGGGGUGCACAAAAGAACCGUGGAACUGGAACCGAAACCGAAACCGUAAGAACCGGAACUGAAUCAGAAGUUCAAAACUCAUAUAUUUCAGAUCUUUCUGCAAGAAUCAAAAGUUCAAAACCCAUAUCGGCAUAUCAUUUCAAGAUUGUUCAAAAAAUCAAAACCCAUAUCUUUCAGUUUCCAUUGCCCGCUGUUCCAAUUCGGGUUCGGCGUUUGCAAGCUUCAGCCGCCGUCUCUCAACUCUAAAGCUUGUCCCCUCUCUCUGUGCAACUGCUAACUUAUAUGUAUGGGUUUUGUUUUAAUUUUUUUUUCUAAAUCAACUAAUCAAGGUCUGUAAUUCUUGAUUUUGUGUAUGCACAUAUAUAUAUAUAUAUAUUGUAACGUUUUCGAUUUUCAGCCUUUUUUUCAAUUUUUUGGGAUUUUGUUGCCGCAAGGGUAUUUUGGUCAUUUCACUUUUACGCGUGGGAUUUUGGUUGAGUCCAAUUGUUUUUGGUGCAUUUAUUUUCAUGGGACUUAUGUAGUAUUUGUAUGGUGGUGCACUAUGUAUUCAUAUGUGGAGUAAAUUAAAUCAAAUGGAAAAAGGAAAAGUCAAAAGAUAGUGGUGGGACCCACCACUACCCAAUUUAUGGUCUACGGACCAUUUUCCCUUCAUUUCUUUCUCUCUCCCCGUCCAAUUCUUUUCUCUUUCAGUUUCUUUUCUCUUUUUUCUUUCACUUGACAACCAAUCUUUGAAACAAGAUUUCUUUCUCAUUUCAUAUCGGAUUAAGGUGCCGUUUGAGGCAAAACGAAGCCCACGACGAACUCUACACAUCCAUACCAGCAAUUGCAGAUUUCGUGCACCCUUGGAGUUCGAAUUUUGAGACCCACUUUGAGGGUUUUUGCAUUCUAAGAGGAAAUGGGAAAGAAAUGGCCAAUGAAAAUCCCCCGCAAGCUUGAAGAAGAUUAGGAGUUGUAUUUUGUUAUCUUUUGUAUCUUAGCCCAUUUUUUUUGUAUAAUCUCAAAACUAAAAUGUCCUGUAUUCAUUUUUGCAAGACAAGGUCAUGUAUUAUAAAUCAUAACUCUUGUUGAUAUUUUGAAGGGAAGCAAGACUAUGUAAAUGCUUAAGUUGAAUGGGAUGACGAUGAUGGGCUAACUUGGGGAGGUUGUUGAAGUUGUGGUAUUGGGGAAUGUAUUAUAUUUCUUUUGUAUUAUGUGUUGGGACAGGUUAGAUAGGUCUUGAAAGGCCAUCGCAUUUUUUUUCAUUUGAACAGGUUGUGAUAGGACCCUUUUAAGGGAAGGUGAUGCC